UCCAGCUGCCCAGAACAACAGGAGUCUGUGUAGGGAACCGGGGCGACGGGGAACCGGGGCUUGGCGACGUCGCGUGUCUGUGCCGGGUGAGUCUGGGUCUGUGGAGAGAUAGGGGGUGGAAGGGGUGUCACCAUGGCGACCCUCCUGAUGCGCAUAUUCCGUCUGGGUGUGGAGAAGAAGCAAGUUCGGCAUUAUGAGAACCUGCGCAGGGACGUGGAUCCUCGGCACAGCUGGGAGACACUCGGAGAGCUCGGAGAUGGGGCCUUCGGAAAGGUGUAUAAGGCUCAGAACAGCAUUACUGGACUGUACGCAGCAGCUAAAGUGAUUGAGGUUCGUAGUGAGGAACAGUUGGAGGAUUACAUCACCGAGAUCGAUAUCCUGGCUGGGUGUCGACAUGCAAACAUUAUCUCCUUGCUAGAAGCUAUCUUCUCUGAAGGCUGGCUGUGGAUUCUCAUUGAGUUUUGUCCUGGAGGAGCCCUGGAUGACAUUAUGUUAGAGCUGGAGCGGGGUCUCUCUGAGCAGCAGAUCAGUGAGGUGUGUUGGCAAAGUCUGCAGGGUCUGUCCUACCUGCACCAGCACCAUAUCAUACACAGAGACCUGAAAGCUGGCAACAUUCUGCUCACCAUGGAGGGGCACAUCAAACUAGCUGACUUCGGGGUGUCUGCGAAGAAUGACAGCACUCUCCAAAGACGAGGGACCUUCAUUGGGACACCGUAUUGGAUGGCGCCAGAGGUGAUCAUGUGUGAGACGUCGAAGGACAACCCGUACACCUGUAAGGCUGACAUCUGGUCUCUGGGCAUCACCCUCAUCGAGACCGCCGAGAUGGAGCCUCCUCACCACUCCCUAAACCCAAUGAGAGUUCUGCUGAAGAUCACCAAGUCUCCUCCGCCCAUGCUGGCCAACUCACGCCGCUGGUCGUCCCAUUUCCAGGACUUCCUGCGGAGGGCACUGCAGAAGAACCCAGAGUCUCGCUGGGGAGCGCAGCAGCUGUUGGCCCACCCAUUCUCCUACACUGGCCGCGACGGCCGAGCCCUCAAAGAGCUCAUCGCUGAAGCUAAAGCAGAGGUCACCGAGGUCAUUGAGGCAGAGUCGCUGUCAGACCUGCAGAGCUGUGAGGUUGAUAUGUCACCUGCAGACACAGAGACAGCAGUAGCACAGUCUCCAGGGGUGGAGGUGCCAGACGUACCCCAGCCAGCAUCUCCACAGCCUCCAACCGAGCCUGAGCCCGGCCCUGUGCUCCGAGUGUCCCGUCGGAGGUCCUGCGCCCCAGACAAGGCUCAGAAGAAGGCGAGACGUCUGUCCAUGCCAGGAAACCUGCUGUCCUUCCUGAGUGGCGGGUCCCGCCGCUGCAAAUCUGGAAUCUGGGAUGAAGGGGUCAAAGGUCAGGAGAGCCAGGAGAAGGAGGACGUCCCAACAGGUCAUUGUGAAGCAGAGCGGGACGCGAGUCUGCAGGGGCAGGACGUCUCCCACCACAGUCAAGACAGCAGUGGCAGGAGACAGGGGGACAAACCUGGGCAGGCUGCGUCUGAACAGAGCAAAGACAAUACUGACAACAAAGAGGAGGAGACAGAGACACAGACGAGACUAGAUGAGACGAGAAUACAGACUGACAGCAAGGGCAGGGAGCUGGACACUGCCCAUCCUGAAGGUCAAGGCACGCAGCAGCAGGGAUGUUUGUCUGACCCAGAAACACUAGACUUCACCAAAGAAGACACUGUGUGUGUGGCUUCUCAACGUUGCCAUGGAGGAUUAGGUGAUUCUCUUCAGCUCAGGAAGGACACCAGGCUGUCUACUGAAGCACCAGUGUCCUGGAAAUGUCUCAGAGGACCAGACACAAACGCCGCAGAUGAAGAGUCCAAAGCACUGGACCCACGGGACCUCCUGGCCGAGGCGCUGGCUUUGGAGACAUCGCAGACAAGCAGGACCAGGGAGGCCACAGAGGGACACUUACGUGAGAGACACUCACAUGAGUACCUAGAUUUGGCAGGAUAUAGGCACCCAACAAAUUUUCCUUCCACCAAGAAAUUAAGCAGGAGUUUAGUAGUUGAUGUUCAGCCUCCAGCUUCUGCAGGGGAGGGGCCUGUUGAAGGGGAUGGGCCCAUUGACGAGGAGGAACCUGUUGAAGGGGAGGGGCCUGUCAAAGGGGAGGGGCCUGCCAUGGUCCAGGGGCAGCAGACAAGUGAGAAAGUGGGAGAGAAUGAAGAGAAGAGGGGCUUUGGUGCUCCGGCAGAGAUGACAGAGGCACACAUGGAGAGUGUAGAGAUGGACAGAGAGGCACAGACUACAGAGCGAGAGAACUAUGAGAAAGAAGGUAGGAAACCUGGAGAGCAUCCAGAUGUUAAGAACGAUGCUGACAGUGUGGAAGAAAAGGAUCUCAUAAAUGCUGAAAUUCAAACCAGUGAAACUGGUGAAACUAGUGACUUCAAGAAUACCACAGAUGAAAAAACUGUAGAGUCUGUAGAGGAGCAUAAAUUACUCCUGAGGAACACAGUCAGGGAGGUCUCAGUGGAACCAGACAUGCUGGCGGAGGGGUUACAGAGAACACACGGAGCAGAGGAAAAGGAGAAUAACGGUGAAGACAAGCAGAGAGAGACUGUGAAGACAGAUGAAGAUAAUAACGUCAGUCUGUCAGAGAGAGAAGCUCAGAAAACAGCAGGCAGAGAAAACCAUGACGAUGAACUUCAGAGAGAAAACACUCCACCCAGCGAGAGUUGUGAGGAAGAGGACAGCAAGAGGGAGGAUGAGGACAGGAGCUAUGAGGAAGAGGACAGGAACAGGAAGGAAGAUAACAGGAACAGGGAGGAAGAGGACAGGGACAGGAAUAAGGAGGAAGGGAACAGGAGCUGUGAGGAAGAGGACAGGAAAAGGGAGGAAGAGAGCAGGAAGAGGGAGGAAGAGGGGACAAGUGGCCCUGGUUCAGAUAGGAAGCCUGUGAAAGCCUCCAGGCAGGUGAGCUUUGCGAUCGCGGAGAAUAUCUCAGAUCAGGACGGAACAAGUGGGAGGUCCUUGCACACGGCACACAGCUUUGUGGACACUACGCACAGGGUCACAGGGUCGAACGGCACAACACAGCAGAGCCUUCGGGUGCACCCUGAGGUACCCCUCACCAGCGGGUCAGAUCAGCCGCCUCUGUCCCUGACUGCUGAGGGGGUUUUGGCCACGAACCGACGGACAGUGAAGAAGACGAGGAGGUUUUUGGUAGAUGGACGGGAGGUGAGCGUCACCACGUCCAAGGUGAUCAGCGAGGGCGACAGCAAGAAAGAGGAGAGGCGCUCUGUGAGGCGUCAGGAGCUUCACGCUCUGAAGUUGCUCCAGCGUGAGGAACAGAGGGAGUUUGUCCAACUGGAUCAGAGACUCCAGCAGCAGAGAGAACAUAUGUUCCGCCACAUCGAACAGGAAAUGAGCAGUAAGAAGCAGUACUACGACGGGGAACUGGAGCGGCUGGAGAGGCAGUUCCAGCAGCAGAGCACGAAGAUGGAGGCGGAGCACACCACCCGCCUACGGGAGGAGGCGCGCCGCCUCAAAGCCCAGCAGGAGAAGGAGCUCAGCCGGAGGAGCAGCACCCUCAAAGUUGACCCCAAAGAGGAACAGAACUUCCUGCAGAGACAGCAGCAGGAGUUGAACGAGACCUUGCAGAAGGCUGUACAGGAGCACAAGCGCAAGGUGGCGUCCAUGGAGUGGGAGGUCUCUGUCAAAUCCCAGCAGCUCAAGAGAGCGAGAGAAUCUGUGAUCUGGGAGCUGGAACAGCGCCACCUGCAGGAGAAGUACCAUUUAUUCAAACAACAGGUGAAGGAGCAGUACUCUUUGCAGAGGCAGCAACUUAGCAAACGACACAACAAGGAUAUGGAGCGGGCUUCCCGCUUCCAGCAGGCUCUGCUGGAGGAGCAGAGGUCAUUGCAGGCGCAGGAGAGAGGUCACCUGCAGAGGGUGCAGCGCACCAAGGCCAAGACUCGCCUGAGCCAGUUCAGACAGGAGCUGAAGGGGCGAGGCCUGAGCGGUCCUGAGCAGAGACAGCGGCUCACACAGUUUCUGUCUGAGGUUGAGGCCCAGCAGAAGCAAGAGUGGACCAAGCUACAGGAGAACCAGGAGGUCCAGUUCAGGGAGGUUCAGGAGCAGUGUGACGCCAACAUCUCUGAGCUCCAGCAGCUACAGAGCGAGAAGCUUCAGGUCCUGGUGGAGAUGGAGAAGAAGAAGAUCAAAGGUCUGGAAGAUGAACACACUCUGGAGCUGAAUGAAUGGAGAGAUAAACUCACCUGCAGGAAAGAGGCAUUAGAAGAAGACCUGGCUCGUAAAAGGCGGGAGUAUGAAGGCACAAGGAGGCGGAGCAGUGAUACGGAAGGCCGACAUGGAGGCCGCCGCCUAAGAUUCUUCUCGAGCCUCAGUUUCUCCUGAGCUCCACCCCUCAGUCUCCCUAAUGUCAUGAGGACAUUGUGAACUCCAACACACAUAAAAUGGGCUUGUCAUUGUAAUGUGUUAUAGAAAUGUAUACAUUGCAUUUAAUAUGUACCAUAAGUACUUAUUUUUUUAAAAUGUGCUUUUGAAACACAUCUUCAGUUUCACGUGGUGUAAGACAGACAGUGCUGCAUUUCUCCAGAAGGACAUCGUGGCUCACACCAACUCUAAAAAUGCAUUAUGUUAACAAGUGUAAAUGUAUUAAAUAUAUAAUUUGUUUUAUUUAGUCCUAUAUACGUGUACUCAAAUAAAUGUUUUCUAAAAAAACCCAGAAAUAAAUCAGCAGAAAUAAAUCUGCAUAUAUUCAUUUAUAUUUAUAAUUCCUGAUGUACUGAAGCCAUCACGUGAGUGUUUUCACACAUACAAACACUUGAUAUUUGAAUCAAAGAACAGAUCCCUUUCUUCUGAUUAGAGUGGGUGAAGGA